AAUUUGUCCAGUGAUUGUGGCCUUUUGGAAUCAUAUCAUUAUUAACUCAGCAGUUUCUAGUACACACAUACAUUAAUAUCGUUGCAGUGGAACUGUAGCAUUGCUGGACAUUGUGAACAGCGCCGAAAAUGGUAUAUUUGUUGCGAAUUGUGUCCACGUCCUGUCACAGCUUAUCGACUCUCUGGUAAUGGCAUGCGGUGGACUUUUGCCUCUUCUUGCUGCUGCAACAUCACCAAACAAUGAACUCGACAUAGUGGACACAACAAAUCAAGCACUACCUGUGGGUAGUGCUGCCCGGCUGCUAUCGCGUUUCGCCGCUCUUGCUGAUAUUUUUGUAUUUGCUUCUGGAAUAAGCUUCAGCGAUCUGGAACAGGAAAAAAACAUGCCUAGUGGUGUGUCGACAAUGGCUGUACGAAACAUUCUGGCCUGUCGUUCCAGUUUUCCACUCCGUGAUGCCAAGCACACAUUACGCGCACAACAAAUCGCGGAUUUCGUUGCCGGUGUGCUGGAUGUUAAAGGUAAAGAAGGAAUCACUGACAAGGAGCAUUUGCUCCAGGAAAUUGAUUUGCAACGUCUGAAAGGAGUUAUUUAUCGUGACAUGGAAGAAAAUCGACAAGCACAGUUUCUAGCACUCGCAGUGACUUAUCUGCUCUCAGUGCUGAUGGUCUCCCGAUACAGGGAUAUUUUGGAGCCGCCCUCCACUCCAAGUCCAUUUUUUGAUACAACUACAGCAGGCGGUACAAACAAAGUGUUUCACAAACUGUUGCCAUUUUCGAUUGCAGCAGAUAUCGUUCAAAUUGCAGAUGACGGAAAUAGCCUAAGACAGACGAACGAUGAUUCGUACGCUGAAGAGAAUGGCGGGACGCGCGAUCGUCGGGACAGUGGCGUUGGAACGGACAUGGUUAUUAGCGAAGUGUCUGCCAUACACGAGGAAAGCAAGAAGAGGGAGCUGCAGGGCAGCGUCUAUCGCCAGGAUCACCUCAAUACCUUCAGUGACAGUAGCCUUCCAAAUCGUUUGCUGGAAACAGACGAACGACGUACUUAUUUGACGAAUAAACUACAGAAGGCGCUAGAAACAACGGCGCCUUUGUUGCGUGAAAUACUUACUGAUUUCCGCUCCUUUCUACAAAAGACUCUACUGGGGACGCAUGGACAAGAAAUCAUGAAUGAUGCCAAAGUAAUGGAAACGAUGAAGAACCAGGCUGGCUCGGUGAUCGAGUUGGUCAUGCUACUGUGCUCGCAAGAGUGGCAGACAUCGUUGCAGAAGCAUGCUGGCCUUGCUUUCAUCGAACUCGUUAAUGAAGGUCGGCUGAUGGCGCAUGCCACGCGAGACCACAUUCUACGUGUUGCCAAUGAAGCCGACUUCAUACUGAAUCGUCUGCGUGCUGAGGACGUCACAAAACAUGCUCAGUUUGAGAGUGAUGCUGCUGAACAGAUGCAUCGACGCCGAAAAGAAGAACAAGUAAACGAACAUUUAAUAACGGCAAAUCGACGACGAGAUUUACUCGUGUCGGCGCGGCUUAUGGAAAAACUGACAACUCUGCUGACAAAUCCUGGCGGCGCAUGGGCUGAUCCUAGCAAACACUAUGACAUUUUCUGGAAACUGGAUGUAUGGGAGGAUGAUUCGAGACGUCGUAAACGUUUCGUGCAAAAUCCUUACGGUUGCCAUCACUCAGCAGCUCGUCUCAAAUCAGCCAUGGAAAGCAAAUCUUCUGCCAUCGAGGUACUUCUUUAUCUUUUAGGCCAUCCCAGCAUCUUGCCGAGAUUUUGGAUGAGAAUCCCCAAUGGUACUGUGACUCGCUUCGCGUCCGAUGCAUUUUUCAUAGAAGUUGUAGGACAAUUUUUUUUUUCUUUUGCAAAAAUAUCAUGAGA